AUGGCUCCCACCCAGGAAUCAGCAGCAUUCUUGGCUAAAAAACCAACAGUCCCCCCAAAUUUUGAUGGUGUCGACCGUAAUGAUACGAAGAGAUUGAAGCAAGCGCAGGAUGCCAUUAUUCGCGAACAGUGGGUACGAAGCAUGAUGGCCAGGCUAGUACGCGAAGAGCUCGGAAGAUGUUAUUAUCGUGAAGGCGUCAAUCACCUAGAAAAAUGCGGUGCUUUACGAGAACGAUACUUUGAACUCUUAAAAGACGCAAAAAUCAAGGGGUACCUAUUCAACCAACGAAACUACAUCAGUAAAGAAAACAAUUAG